AUGAGAAGUCAAUCCCAAUCCGAUGUGCAUCAGGACCGCCGGGCUUCUAGUGUUGCUCGCACCUCUCUACCAAGAACCACUUCAGACUUAUCCUUCUAUGCUCCGAUGCGACGGCGCUCCGUGAUUCAGACGCCCGGUGUAGCAACGAGGCCAAGGCGAGAUGACAUGCUCUCUGUUCCCGACAGAUCAAGUUCUCGAAAGAGCCAGCCGGUCUUCGGAGACGACCCGUUUACCUUCCAGCCCAGCUCCAAGGCGUCGAAACAUAUUUCUAUGCCUCAUAUGCCUAUAGGAUUUGUACCACUGGAGCGAGCUGCCACACCGCGCGAGUCAGACUACAGGCAGCUCGGAGGCAUGAAGUUUGGCUCUUUAAAGAUCAUGAACGGAUCUCCUCCUUCAAGCCCUCAGGAUAUAAUCAAGCAGCAACGGCAACAAGAUCGUGAAUCAGGGCCAGGGCUAGAAUCAUCGUCAGCAAUAGUUUCCGAUGAUCUUGGUAUUGAGCUGAAUAUGGCACGCCGCAAACAGCGCCACAGCGUCAUUGGUUCAGUAGCAGAGUCUCGUGCCUUGGCGUCAAUCUCUGGUUUCAAAGUGAACGAAAAGCCUUCACAGUCGUCAAGCCAAAAAGCAGAGACUCUAGAAAAUUUGAUGCCUAGCCCGUUGUCAAAAGUUCCCAGCCCUCUGCAGGGGCAUCUUGAUCGCGCAGUGAAUGACGGAGCCCUUGGCAAGGCAAGGGAGGCGGUGAGCAGAACUAACAGCGGCUUUUACUCAAUAACUUCAUCUGAGUCUUCGCACCGGCCUUCCUUAAAGAACGAUAGUGGAUAUAGCUCCAAUGUAUCGGAGCGUUCUUUUUUGAGUUCGAGCAACGCCGAUGAAAAAGGCUCUGCUCGCUCACUCCAAACACGGCGACGCACGCUGGAGCAACCGGCAAUGGCUCCUAUCCUAAAUGCAGAUGCAAUCAAGAAGCAUAGCAGGGUAUAUAAGCCAUUCGUUCGAGAAGAAAGGAGCAGCGCCGCGACAAAGGACCUGCCCAGAGGAGCCACCGGAUCGACCACUGAAAUUGGGAGGUCAAGAGUAAAGCGCGGGGAUAAGAGCUAUCGUUUGACUUCUUCGUCUUUCUCUCCUUCUCACAAAAUGGGUGCAAGCAGUGCAACUCUCAAUACAAUCAUGAGUGUGGACAAUUUAGCCUCCUCUGAUAACGUCGCCGUGUCUGGCCACAGUCUUCUUGAAGUUGGUGCCGGAAUAGGUGGAGAUGGGUCGUUGAAAAAGCGACGUUCACUGCGCAGAGUUGCUGAAGCUGCAACAUCGAGAAUGUCGUCUCUCAACUUGAACCGUCGAAAGUCUGCCGUCGGGAAUAUGACUCCUUCAGCUACCGAAAAAAGGAAGAGAGCGACUUCGCUAGCUAACGGGAAUAUAUCUGCAGCGGCCAGCGGCAAGUCGAUGCCAGCAACUGUGGUUUCACAAUCUCCCAAAUCUCCCAAAGUAUCCAACCGAGAGGUUAGAAACUCUGCUGUUAAAGGUCGAGCAUCUGCUCCAGAGCUUCGAGUUGCUAUACCGACUCCCCACGUUAACAGGAGUACUGACCAUCGUCCUGUCCACGCAACUAUUCGAACGCCAUCGCCAAGGACACCACGAUUUCGGGGAGUUAUGGACUCUGGAGUACCACCGCCUAUUCCGCUGCAAUUCCGAGCACCAAAUUUCGAUGCCCUUCCAGCACUCGCCAUUCCAAACAACUCGCCCAACUGGCCUCUUAUCCAGUCUCAAGGAUCCUGGGAUAGGACGCAGCCACAGGGUGUACCCGUGGGAUACGCUACGCAGCGCAGUCCUGCCAGACACCGCGUCCAUGAGAGCCCAAUUUCUCCGAGGCAUAGCCAGGCUACAAGGCACCAACACCCAACGUAUAGGGGUGUUCGAAUCUGA